UCGGUCAAAGCUUUGCAACUCGCUUUACGUUAGGUACUUUCGUAAUGUCUUCAAUACGCAUACUUACACUGAAAUAAUGUUGAAUUGUGCGCGAUGAGAGUGCCGCACCGAUCCGUCGUGCGAUGAUCGCGCGUUGCACGUCCCCUUCGUGCUCACUGCACGCGCCGGCCUCUAUGAUUUUUAUCAUAUUGUUUUUCACUUUUGUACCAGUUCAGUUAGACAGCGCGCGCGAGCGCAUUGUGGAUCGUAUGGAGAACGUGACACACACCGUGACACGCAUUCUGGACGGAUACGACAUACGACUAAGACCUAACUUCGGCGGAGACCCACUGUACGUCGGCAUGGAUCUGACGAUCGCCAGUUUUGAUGCCAUAUCAGAAGUCAAUAUGGACUACACAAUUACCCUUUAUCUGAAUCAGUAUUGGAAAGAUGAAAGGUUAGAGUUUGGCUUAACCGAAGAAGUCCUCACCCUCUCUGGUGAUUUUGCCGAUCGGAUCUGGGUCCCGGAUACGUUUUUUGCCAAUGAUAAGAACAGUUUUCUGCAUGAUGUGACCGAGCGUAAUAAACUAGUCCGUCUUGGCGGUGAUGGCAGCAUCACAUACGGAAUGCGGUUUACGGCAACCCUGGCCUGCAUGAUGGACCUCCAUUACUACCCCUUGGACAGCCAGAACUGCACCGUCGAGAUUGAAAGCUAUGGGUACACUGUAUCUGACGUGGUGAUGUAUUGGAAAGACACACCGGUGCGAGGGGUGGAGGACGCGGAACUUCCUCAGUUCUCGAUACUGGGCCACGGAACGAAUGACAGGAAGGAGAAGUUAGCGACGGGCAUCUAUCAGCGUUUAUCACUAAGUUUCAAGCUGCGACGGAACAUUGGGUACUUCGUCUUCCAAACUUACCUGCCGUGUAUCUUGAUUGUGAUGCUGUCCUGGGUCUCAUUUUGGAUCAAUCAUGAAGCCACGUCCGCGAGGGUUGCUUUGGGAAUAACAACGGUUCUGACGAUGACAACAAUAAGCACUGGGGUGCGAAGCAGUUUGCCUCGCAUCUCGUAUGUCAAAGCCAUUGACAUAUACCUCGUGAUGUGUUUCGUGUUCGUUUUCGCGGCUCUGCUGGAGUACGCGGCCGUUAAUUACACGUACUGGGGUGCGAGAGCGAAGAAACGGGCCAAGUUAAAAAACAGAGACCUAUCCGCUAGCACCAGUGUUGAGAAGGAUCUCAAAAGCUCUGGAGGUGCUCGAUCGCCCGAAGAGAUCAUAGCCCUACGGGAGUGUACGCCUACUUCAGGCCGCGUCUCCCCUUUGCUAGGGCUCCGAUCGAAGCCUCUACAGGUGCCCACCGGAGCCCCGCCGUCUCUGAGGCUGCAACGAGACCACACAAAUCUACGAUAUAGAAUUCGACCGCACUCAAGGAAUUCAAGAAAUGGCGCAACCCAUAAGCCUCGUGUGAUGCACGCGCUCCGAAAAGGCGCAACAGUUUUAAAGGCUUCUAUGCCGAAAAUUCGCGACGUCAACGUGAUAGAUACCUACUCCCGAGUCAUAUUCCCAAUUUGUUUCCUAAUAUUUAAUGCCGUAUAUUGGGUAUUCUAUGUAAUCGAUUAGAAACUUUUUAAGAUUAGGUCAUUAUAAUUAAAGCCAAGUCAGUCUAGCAUGAGUUUGAUAUGUGAAUAAUAAUCGCUAACUAAAAACGUGCCAAAGAAACAAUAUUUGUCUGAUAAAUUCACUCUACUGUGAAUUUGACGAGGGAGAAAAAGGGAAUGUCAUUUAAAAAAAAACCGAAAAAAAUGAUCGAUUAAAUACAAUCUCAUACUUUGUCUAAGUUUAAUACAUAUUUUCCGUACCGAGCUUAACGUUAAGUGCUGAAUAAAGUGUUGUUACAUUAAAUUGUCCGCAAUAAAGAUGUUAUUUGUAUAUUUUUAUCCCACCGUUGGUUGUUACUAUAAAUUAAAAUACUGCCAUUUCAUUGCAUUUUACUUAUCAUAAUGAGAUUGACUAUGUUUAUACACUUAAUCGUUUA